UUUGUAGCAGACCCAAUAAGCCCAUUCAGAACUUUGCUUUAACCCUCAACUUCUUGCCACCUCUCCGCCGCUCACUAAAUUCUGCAGACAGAAUUCUGCCCCUUCUACUUUGAGCCAUGAGUUUCUGCUGGGGUUGUGUAAACUAUUGAAACUAGAGAUAGAUAAGUUGAGCACCACGAGAUCUCAGGUUGAUCAAAUGGAGAAGUCAAGUACAGUAGAGGAAUGCCAAGACAUGAUCCGAAGAAGUCUUAGAACUCCAAUGGUGAAGUUCUUAAAGGAGCAUUUGGAGAAAUCUGGUUGUCGAAUUGGUGAUAACUUCAUAAAAGCUAUCCAUUGCGACAAGAAAGUUGGCGGCGGCUAUUUUCGUGGACAUGGGAUAGUUGUGUGCAGUAACUACUUGUCCAUGCAAGAUGAGGUGAAUCAAGUUGUCAUACAUGAAUUAAUACAUGCAUAUGAUGAAUGUCGUGCCGCAAAUUUGGACUGGGCUAAUUGCGCUCAUCAUACUUGUAGUGAAAUCAGAGCUAACCAUCUUAGUGGUGAUUGCCAUUACAAACGGGAAUUACUGAGAGGUUAUCUUAAGAUACGGGGCCAUGAACAAGAAUGUGUGAAGCGAAGAGUUAUGCAAUCGAUGGCAGCUAACCCAUAUUGUUCAGAGUCGGCGAGUAAGGAUGCCAUGGAAGCUGUCUGGGAUAUUUGUUACAAUGAUACCAAGCCCUUUGAUAGAGCCCCUUGAAACAUAAUGAUAAUCAGUAGCUUCUCAGAGGUAACCAAGGUGGCCUUCUGGCAACUCCGAUACGGUGAUAUCUGGGAUAGCUAUCACCUGAAGAUUGAAAAAAAUCGCGGUAGCAUUUUUGAGGCAUAUUGACUUCUCUGGGAUGUAAUUAGCAUAGGUUUUUAUAAAGUUCACAUGGAUUUUUUUUACCUAUUCAAGGAAUUUUUCAUAAUAAGUGUUAUUUUUUUUCUUGUUAUUCAAUAUGAAUUAUUCUUGUGUCUAUCAACAUGUAUUAAAUCUGAGACUUCAAUUUGCGGCAUUAAAUAAUUAUAACAUUUGUACACUCAGUUUUUCUUUUCCAACAA